AAAAAAGAAACAGCAUUAUAUUACAAAACACUGCUGCAGUUUCCUCUCGGCAGUAAUUUGCUUGCGUUUGGCUGUUUGCAGUAGCAUUGCUACAGAGAUACAAACACAAUGACAGACCAAGCCUUUGUCACACUAGCCACAAAUGAUGCUUAUGGGAAGGGAGCAUUGGUGCUUGGCAUGUCACUGCGGAACCAUAGAACUUCAAGAAAGCUGGUGAUAAUGGUUUCUCCCCAGGUCUCUUUGCCCAUGAGGGCAGUGCUUCAGAAGAUCUUUGAUGAAGUAAGGCUAGUGGAUGUAUUGGACAGUGAGGAUUCUGCACACUUGGCCCUAAUGCAGAGACCUGAGCUCGGUGUUACAUUAACUAAACUUCACUGUUGGACUCUAACACACUACUCCAAAUGUGUAUUUAUGGAUGCAGACACAAUGGUUUUGUCAAAUAUUGACGAUCUGUUUGAGCGAGAAGAGUUAUCGGCUGCACCAGACCCCGGCUGGCCAGACUGCUUUAACUCUGGAUUAUUUGUAUUUCGACCUUCCAAUGAAACCUACAAUAAACUCCUACAGUUUUCUGCAGAAAAUGGAAGUUUUGAUGGCGGGGAUCAGGGGAUUCUGAACAGUUUCUUCAGCAACUGGGCAACAACAGACAUACAAAAACAUCUGCCGUUUAUUUACAACCUAAGCAGUGUAGCCAUUUACUCCUACUUGCCAGCAUUUAAACAAUAUGGUGCAGAAACCAAGGUGGUCCACUUCCUGGGAAGAGUCAAGCCAUGGAAUUGCAGGUACGACUCAAAAACAAAGAGUGUGACUGGAGACAGCCAGGAUCUGUCCAUGCUUCAUCCAGAAUUCCUGAACAUGUGGUGGGACAUCUUCUCUAUGUCCAUGCAGCCUCUGCUUGCAGAACAUGGAGUGGUGAGCCAUUCAGAACCUGGGUGCCAAUCGCUCUCCAGUUUGGUCUCUACACUGGCAUUGUCUUGUGGCAUCUCUAGUGAGGAUGAAGCUACUGAAGCAGUGUCUCGCAUCCACGUAGGUGCACCCCCACCCUCACCUCCCCCUCCCAUGUCCUCUGCAGAACGCAAGCAGAAGUGGGAACAGGGACAAGCAGAUUACAUGGGAGCCGACUCCUUCGACAAUAUUCAGAAGAAGCUUGAUGCCUAUCUAAAGUGAAAUGUAUUUAUUUUUUUCAUAAACUUGGUGAAUUUGCAGCUCUACAGGAAACUAUUCCAAAAUGUAUUAAAUCUACGGAAUUACGGUCUAUAUGCUUCUAGUCCAGGACUGAUAUUUUUGUUUACCGAGUUACUGUAAGUACAACUGGACAGACUGUGUGGAUUUUUUUAAGCCUGUUUUUUCCAGUGUUCCAAACACAUUUAGACAUGGUAGAAUCAAACUAAUGCCUUUUUUAAAGUAGAAUUUUUAAAGGUUAAUUUCACCUGAAAAGGUAGUUUUUCACAACUGUUAGUUGUAGCAGGCAGCAAAGAAUUAAUCAACUUUGGAAACGCAACUUGCCAGAAAACAAGUUUUUUGACAAAUCAGUAACUUUCUGUUAAUUUAUGCGCCAGUGACUUUACU